AAGUCGAUCUCCUUGCGUAUAUACGAGUAAAUAAAAUAAAAGAAUUCCAACUAAAACACACACUCAUUUAAAAUAUUAAUUAGUCGGUUCAAUAACCAUGUCAAAUCCUCAUCCAUACGCCUCAAAGACGAGGAAUUCGAGGAGGUUCAAACGUUCAAAUAAGAGGGAUAUUUGGUAUGACGACGGUGGUAGCACUGAUGUACUAGCUACUGGUACUCCAGCUCCCAGCUAUGCCUUUCCUACACCUGCUACUGACGGCAGAACUACAAUAAUCGGUGAAGAUGUCAGGAGCCUCGCAAAUCAAUCCAGAAUGUCUAUGCAGAGCGUACCAACUCAAUCUGUAAUCUCACAACUCUCUCUUGCUAGCCAGUCGAUUUUAUCAAGCCAAUCGGUCAUCAGUCAGCAAAAUAGCUUAGCUAGUCAAUCUAGUGCCAGCGUGAUCAGUCAGAUUAGUGCGUCUAGUGCAUCCAGUGCAGCUAGUUCAAGGUCAUCAGCAUCGUCAGCAUCUUCAGCCUCAUCACAAUCGUCGGUGUCGUCAGAAUCAUCGGUCUCCUCAGAGUCAUCGGUAUCCUCAAUAUCUUCGCAGUCAAACCUUUCCACAUUGUCCUCUCAAUCAAACCUCUCCAGUAUUUCCACCCUUUCUACCGCAAGCACAUCUGCUUCUCCGGACGCUACCCUCAGCAACUCCGACAGUGGAAACGACAAAGCCUGGAUCGCUGGUCCUAUCGUUGGUUCAAUCGUAGGUUUCUUAGCGCUCGUAGGAUUAAUACUCUUCCUGGCCACUCGCAAGCGUAACAAAAACAGAGCACUUCAAGCGAAGGAAGCCCAGGAAGCUGCCUUGAUGAGUGGUGGUGGUGGUGCUACUGCUGCCGCAGGUGGAGCUGGCGCUGGUGCCGCAAGUUCUGUGAACGCUACGCCGUCACAAAACAACAACAUGCUUGGUGUAGGAGCAGCUGCAGGAAGCAGACGUUCAUCGACUCCAUCAUCACAUUCAAGAAGAGACUCCCUUCUCGCCAGAUCGAAUAGUGAUAGAUCGAUGUUCAGGUCACAGUCCGAGCAUUCAUUCAGCCAUUGGGACCAACAAUCCAGAAAUAGCCACGAUUUAUUGUCUGCUGCCCCAAAUAAUAAUGGACAAUCCAC